AUGAAUUAUUCUGCACUGGCUAAGGAAGUUUUUGAAUUACAGAAUAAAGUACGAUAAGACCCAUCCCUAAUGAUUCCAGUUCUAGAAAAUAGGCUUAAAUACUUCAAAGAUAAGAUCCUACACUUACCAGGAACUUAGGCUACAAAUACAAAAGAAGGUGCAAAUUCUGUUCAAGGUAGUUCAAGUAUCUUAACAUAGAAUGCAUUGAUUUUCUGAAAAAACAAAAACCUGUUGGGCCCUUGGUUUAUGAAAAAGGAUUGGAAGAAGCAGCUAGGGAUCAUGCGGAAGAUCUAGGUAAUACAGAAUAUGAUUGUAGGAACUAAUGGUAUGACUGGACAUGAGGGAAGUGAUCAUUCAACUACAAAACAAAGAAUAGAAAGACAUGGUUCAUGGAAACCAGGCACUAUUGGAGAGAAUAUAAGUUUUGGAAAAUCCACAGCUGAAGAUAGUAAAAUUAUAAGUUUUAGAAUUUUAGUUGUAAUCUAAUUGAUUGUAGAUGAUGGUGUUCCAAGUAGAGGACAUAGAUCUAAUUUCUUUGAGCCUGCUUAUAAAUAAGUAGGUAUUUUUGGAGCUCCUCACAAGGCCUUUAAAUAUGUAUUUGUUUUUGAUUUUGCCUCAAAAUUUUCAUAAGGAGGUAAAUAAGAAUAGGAUGGAGAUCAAGAAAAAGAUAAAAAAAAGAAAUAAUAAGAGAAAAAAGUAGAAAAAUAGAAAGAUGAUGAUGAUGAUGAUGAUGAAAAAAAAGAUGGAGGAAAGGAAAAAUUGAUUCCAGGGGCAAAGAAGGUUUAAAAGAAAGUUAAAACUAUAACCAAAGGUGGUAAAAAACAUAUUAUAACCACUAAAAUUUAUACUAUGAAUGAUGGUACAACAAAAGAAGAAGUCACUGAGAAAGUGGAAGAUGCAUGAUUAUUGU